CUUUCUGUCCAUCAAUCCAUUUUCUAACACCUUGUCCCUAGUGGGGUCAGGAGGAGCUGCUGCCUCUCCAGCGAAUGUUUCGGGCGAGAGGUGGGGUCACCUGGACAGGUCACCUGGACAGGUCACCGGUCUGUCGCAGAGGUAGUAACUUUGUGAGCCACUGGGGAGCUAUUUCAGGUGCAGCAGCGACAUUGAGACAAGCUCAAACCCAGUGCGCGGAAAUGGGUCUCUGCUUUUGAACGAGGACGUUACAGAUCUGUGCGUCUCUCCCAAAAGGACACGCAUGCCCCGCCCUCCUGCACCGGAAACGCUCCAGAUACAUGACGUCAUGUGGUGAUUGACAAGAGCUGAGAGCGACUGUGGCCACUAGAGGGGGCUGGUAACUCGGUGUGGCGGCACCAAAGCGCUGAAGUAGCUGCAGGUUCUGACCGUGAUUCUGACCGGUUCUGGUCCGGAUCAGGAAGCAGCUCUUACCCGCCACACCCCGAGGCUCCGGUGAAUCCUGCAGCCCGUCUCCGUUCGUUUUAAAGCUGAUGGUUCCGGAUUAGCGGGGAAAUCUAACCGAACUUCAUUCCUGAGGAGCCGGAACCGGUCGGACCACUGCGCCGGUCUCAUUUCUGCAGAACUUCAGACACGUGAUGGCGUCGCAAACACGCACGAGCUCCAGGUGGAUCAACACCUGCGGCUCAGGCAAAGAAGAGUGCUGUCCCAACAUCUGAGGAGCUGGUUCUGCGAGCACUCAAAGAUCUUGGAGAUACUGAGUUGAAAGAGUUUAAAUGGUAUUUGCAAAAGUCAGAGGUUUUGGGAGGCCUCCCAAUCAUCCCAAAGAGUCGAAUAGAUAAAGCAGACCGGACUGACACAGUGGAUCAGAUGUUACAUACCUACUGUGAAAGUAUUGUGGAGGUGACCAAAAAGGUUUUAAGGAAGCUUGAGCGUAAUGACCUUGUUCAGGUUCUGUCUGGCCAAAAUGGGGAACCACUGUCAGAGGGCUUUGCUGACUGCCAGAAAAAUCUCAAGUCCAGGCUUUUGACAAAGCUGCAAGGUUCAGUGGAAAACCCCCAAAAGAGUGGAAAAUCAAAAGCUAAAGAGCAAAUCUUUAUAGAAGUGAACUUGACAAUAAAAGAAACCAAUGAAUUCAGCACAGAACAUGAGAUCAGGCAGAUUGAAUCGGCAUCCAGGAAAAUAGCCAAACCAGAAAAAACCAUCAGCUAUGAUGAUAUUUUUAAAGGCCACUCUGGAAAAGGUAAACAAAUCAAAAUGAUGAUGACAACUGGAAUGGCUGGCAUUGGGAAAACAGUCCUAACGCAGAAAUUUACACAAAACUGGGCUGAAGACAAAGCCAACCAAGACUUCCACUUCAUAUUUCCACUCAGCUUCAGAGAGCUGAAUGCUGUGAAACACAGAAAGUUCAAGUUGGUUGACCUUGUUCAACAGUUCUUUCCUGAGACCAGAGAGGUAGAUAUUUCCAACUCUAAGGAGUUCAGGGUCAUUUUCAUCCUUGAUGGUCUGGAUGAGAGCCAACUUCCACUGGACUUCAUUGGUAACAAAAAAGUUACUGACCCUAAAGAGUCUGCGUUAGUGGACGUACUGCUGACAAGCAUCAUUCAAGGAACUCUGCUUCCCUCUGCGAACAUCUGGAUUACCACACGUCCUACGGCUGCCAGCCAGAUCCCUUCCAAACAUGUUGACAUGGUGACUGAAGUUACAGGGUUCAAUCAUGCUCAGAAACUGGAGUACUUCAGGAAGAAAUAUAGAGAUGACAAACUGGUCAGCAAAACCAUGCCUUACAUCAACGCAUCCCAAAGCCUGAAGACCUUGUGCCAGAUGCCAGUUUGCUGUUGGAUCACUGCUGUAGUCCUAGAAGACCUGCUGAAGAACAGAGAAGAAGAAGAACAACUCCCGAAGACUCUGGCUGAGCUCUACAUCAAAUUCUUGCUGGUCCAGUUCAGACAGAAGGCCGUAACAGAGGCAGAGACACAGUGGAAUCUGUCAUGCAAGGAAAAGAUUCUAUCAUUAGGAAAACUAGCUUAUGAGCAGUUGCAAAAAGGCAAUCUUGUAUUCGAUCAAUCAGACCUUACGGCAUCUGGUAUCAAUAUUAAAUUGGUGUCAGUUUUCACUGGCAUGUUUCCUGAGAUCUUCAAGGAAGAAGGUGAGCAGGGCCAGGCCAAUGUGUUCUGCUUCACCCAUCUGAGCGUUCAGGAGUUCCUCGCUGCUCUGUAUGUUCAUCUCACUUUCAUGACCUCACAGGUCAAUGUGCUCGAAGAAAUGCAGUCAAGUUGGAUGGUUAUGCUAGCAAGACGCAAAUUCAAUCCCUACCAGACUGCCGUUGACAAAGCCUUGCAAAGUCCAAAAGGAGACCAGGACAUGUUUCUACGCUUUCUACUGGGUCUUUUGCAGCCGUCCAGCCAGAGUCUGUUAAAAGGUCUAGUCAAAGAAACCGAAAACAACACCCAGAUCAUCCAGGAAGCAAUCAAGUACAUCAAGGACAAGCUUGAUGCUGAGCUGCCUACAGAACAGAGCAUCAAUCUGCUUUACUGUCUGAAUGAACUUAAUGACAAUUCUCUCGUGGAGGAGAUCCAAAGGUUCAUGAGUUCAGGACGCCUUACUGUGGAUAACUUGUCCUCUGCUCAGUGGUCUACCUUGGUCUUCAUCUUACUGGCAGAAAAAGAAAUUGACAUGUUUGACCUGAAAACAUACGUGACUUCAGAGGAUGCUUUUAUGCGGUUGCUUCCCGUGGUCAAAACUGCAAAGAGGGUUUGUCUGAGUGCAUGUGACCUGUCACAGAGAGGUAUUGAAGUUCUGUCUUCAGUUCUCAGCUCCCAGAACUCCAUUCUGAAAGAGCUUGACCUGAGCUACAACAACCUGGGAGAUGCAGGAGUAAUGCAACUGGCUGUUGGACUGGAGAGCACAAACUGUUCACUUGAAACUCUCAGGAUGAAGGGCUGCCAGUUGACAUGGAAAGGUUGUGACACUCUGGCUACAAUCAUCAGCUCCCAGUGUAGCCUGAGAGAGUUGGAUGUGAGCAACAAUGAUCUGAUGGAUUCAGGAUUGCAGAGUUUGUCUGGGGGUCUGGAGAAUCCUCAAUGCAAACUGGAAAUUCUCAGGAUCUCUGGCUGCCAGAUUACAGAGGAUGGCUGCCAUUGUCUGGUCACUGCCCUGAACAUAAAUCCGUCACAUUUGAGAGAGCUGGACCUGAGCUACAACAAUCCUGGACACACAGGAAUCAAUCUGCUGUCCAGCGGCGUGAAGCACAAAAUGUGCAGACUAGAAAAUCUCAAAGUGGAAAACUGUGGAGAAGAGAGGAUGAAGUCGGGUUUAAAGAAGUAUGCGUGUGUGAUUGAAUUUGACCCAAACACGGCUCACAGGAACCUGCAGCUGUCGGAUGACAACAGGACGGUGACCGUGGUGAAGGAAGAGCAGCCAUACCCUAAUCACCCAGACCGCUUCGACUACUGCUGCUGGCAGCUGCUCUGCAGAAACCCACUGACUGGCUGCAGUUACUGGGAGGUGAAGAGAAAGGGACCUGUGGUCAUAGCCGUGAGCUACAAACGAAUCGGCAGGAAAGGACCCACGGCCGACUGCAGGUUGGGUUGGAACGACCAGUGCUGGAGUCUCGUCUGCACUGAAAGGCAAUACUCCUUCUGGCACAACAAGAAGGAAACACCUUACACAAUGAUAAAAGCGCCCCAAGUGUCCUGCAGAAUAGGAGUUUAUGUAGACGUCCCUGCUGGCAUCAUGUCUUUCUACGCCGUCACCUCUGAUGAAUUCUACCACCUCCACACCUUCCAGACCACCUUCACUGCGCCGGUGUACCCGGCCUUCGGGUUUGGGUUUGGGUACUGGUCCUACGACUCCUCCGUGUCUGUGUCUGAGGUGGAGGCGUAAGGUGUAAGACGUUUGCUGCCAGAGCACAAGAUCUUUUUGUUUUCUUUGAUUUACCAUUUACCAAAACAAACAAAAGAACGAUUCUGGUAUUAUGUGGAGUUUUCUUACUAAUGAAGCUAAAUUUGUUCAGCGAGGGUGAGGGGUUGUGUUUGGUUAAAAUAAAAUGUUCUCUUUAUUUAAUCAUUUUUAAAACAAUGUUUGAAGUUAAUACUCGUCGAUUGGCUCUCAAAUAACUUUCAAAACCUUUUCAGUUGAUCUCAGUAAUAAAACCAAGCAUAGCAGGAAAAACUGUGAUGUUGGUGUGUUUCUGAUGGUUUCAGGUAGAGGUUUGUUUAUUUCAGGGAACCUUAUGGAUUUUGUGCUUUGAAAUCUUAUAUCUGAAUUUGUGUGAUUUAUUUGAUUAUCCAGGUUUUUAUGAACUACUCGUUGUAUGGAUUUAUGAUGUUCUUAAAUCAAAAAUGACUGGAAGGGUUUUUGACAUGUUGAAGUUCAAUCAUUUCUGUCUCUGACCUCCACCGGGUCUGUUAACCAGUUUCAGGACCCGACCAGAACCCCUCAGUGUAAAUUACCUUGAGAAAUUAUGAGAUUUGAUUAUAUAAAAACAGGCUUCAAUGCCGAAAGAAUGAUCAAAUGAUACAAGCCAUACAUGUCAUCCAAAUGGAUCAGAUACAGAGUCCAGCGCCGGGAAACACUGAGCUCACCUUACGGAUGGAACCAGAUUGUAGCGAGUUUAGCUUUUUAUUCUUCUCUGCAAUCUGUACCCUCCUACAGGGCAGUCUAAUCAGUUUCAGUCUGUUUACAUAUGACUGCCGGCAGUCAUGCGUAAACAUGGUUAUGUAAGCUGCAGCAUGUGUGUGUAAGCAGAUAAAAGAGAUAGAGGAAAAGAUAGAAUCCAUAAAAGACAUUUGAUUCUGUAAAUCUUGUUGUUUUAAGGUGAAUAAAAUUAAAAGUGGUGAUGGUGAUA